AUGUCAGUUAAAACCAACAUCUUGGUAUAUGGUGCCGACUGCUUCUCUCUGAAGAACCUUAAACCUCGCGUCGAUCACCAUGGCCACGCUUGGUUCAUACCAGGCCUGACCCCUGCCGACAGGCUAGGAAAGAACGCCUUGAGUGGACAGGCCGAUUCGGCAUAUCUCGGGCUCCUCGGUGCGCGCAUGGGAUUCGACGCUCCUGAACUGCAAGGCCCAGAGAAGCGUCUGCGGCACGUCCUCAGCCUUGCUCUUGAUAAGGAGAUCAAGUUGCCACUGGUGACAGUGUUGCUCGAAGCCCGGGUAGCCUUGAAGGUCAUCCUUGAUCAUCUUCUCCCUAUGGCCGGUGUAGGUUUGCCCGAAGAUCUGCACAAGAACCGGGCCUCCGGUGCCCGGAUGGGGUGGUUGUUCACCCGAGUAGGUCCAUGGACUAUUCGCACGAACAACCUCUGUUAG